ACCGUUAGAUACAACAGCCAUGGUGUCUAAUAUUUGGGUGGCAGCAGCCGAUAACCAGGUGGAGAUCGUCAAGUCUCAUAUUGACUCGGGGGCGUUCAGUGCCAAUUCCAAAGAUCCAAAUGGGUACACUCCAAUACACGCGGCAGCAUCGUACGGUCAUAUACUGCUAUUAAAGUACUUGAUUGAAAAGGGAGGAGAUAUUAAUAUCCAGGAUACCGAAGGAGAUACUCCGUUGCAUCACGUUGAGGAUUUGAAGACCGCCAAGUACAUUGUGGAAGAAUUGAACGCCAACUAUAAAAUAAAGAAUAACGAUAAUCAAACCCCGGCUGCUUAUAUAGAAGAAGAAAAUGAAUUCCCCGAUAUAGCCCAAUACUUGAUCUCUCUUGCUCACGGUCAGCCGGCCGCCAAUGCCGCAGCUGAGCAGAACGCCUUCAUCGAGUCCUUACCUAGACCAGGGAACAUUGACGGACAUGAGAUCAGAUACACUUUGGAAAACGAGACCGAAGAGGAUGCUCCUGUGGACGACGAAGAAAGACGUAAGAAGAUUGAAGCUAUAUUGAAUAGCGAAAACCCCGAAGAAGCCUUGAGAGAUCUUGUUACUUCUGCGGUCAGGGAAGGGUUUGCCAACUACAACCAGCAACAGCAAGACGAACCCUCUCUGAAAAAGAGAAAGGAUUAGCUAUUACCAUAAAUGUAUUAUAGACUUUGUAUCUAGUUGUAGGUGUAUGGAUGUUUUUUUGUUUUUUGAGAAUAGAAAUUCCCGGUGCCCGCACGACCCCUCCACAAUCUCGUAAUUUUUCAAUUUUUUCC